AGGUGUUGGGGGCGGGCGAAGGGUGGGUACAGUAGUGGGGAGGGCCACCGCGCGGAGCGGCUGGUUGGUUUCCGGAAAGGAAAGCGUACAAGGGAGGCGGGGAGGCUGAAGAUCUGGGCCUCGGAGGUCCCAGCGCGGAUGCUCAACCCGUUGUGCGUCUCGCACCGCGCGCUCUCUCGCAGAGGAGCCCCGGCCGGGAAGUGUGGACCCGUCUCUCCCCAGGCCCGGUCGAGUUGCCCGCUCUAGUCCAGCGGAGCCGGAGCGUCUCGGACCAAUCCCCGGUGAUUAUGCAAGACAGCCGACCAAUCAGCUCCUCCAGCUCAUGAAUAUUUAUGACCUUGGCUAAGUCAAAGCUUUGAACCGAGUUUGGGGAGCUCGGCAGCAUCAUGCUUAGACUUUUCAAAGAGACAAACUCCAUUUUCUUAUGAAUGGAAAGUGAAAACCCCUGUUCCGCUUAAAUUGGGUUCCUUCCUGUCCUGAGAAACAUAGAGACCCCCAAAAGGGAAGCAGAGGAGAGAAAGACCCACACCCAGACCCCGCGAGAAGAGAUGACCAUGACCACCAUGCCAGAAAGUCUCAACAGCCCCGUGUCGGGCAAGGCGGUGUUUAUGGAGUUUGGGCCGCCCAACCAGCAAAUGUCUCCUUCUCCCAUGUCCCACGGGCACUACUCCAUGCACUGUUUACACUCGGCGGGCCAUUCGCAGCCCGACGGUGCCUACAGCUCGGCCUCUUCCUUCUCCCGACCGCUGGGCUACCCCUACGUCAACUCGGUCAGCAGCCACGCGUCCAGCCCCUACAUCAGUUCGGUGCAGUCCUACCCCGGCAGCGCCAGCCUCGCCCAGAGCCGCCUGGAGGACCCAGGGGCGGACUCCGAGAAGAGCACCGUGGUGGAAGGCGGCGAAGUACGCUUCAAUGGCAAGGGAAAAAAGAUCCGCAAACCCAGGACAAUAUAUUCCAGUUUGCAGUUGCAGGCUUUGAACCGAAGGUUCCAGCAAACUCAGUACCUAGCUCUGCCUGAGAGGGCGGAGCUCGCGGCCUCGCUGGGACUCACACAGACUCAGGUCAAGAUCUGGUUCCAGAACAAGCGCUCCAAGUUCAAGAAGCUGAUGAAGCAAGGCGGGGCCACUCUGGAGGGUAGCGCCCUGGCCAACGGCCGGGCGCUGUCUGCAGGAUCUCCACCGGUGCCGCCAGGCUGGAACCCUAACUCUUCAUCCGCAAAGGGCUCAGGCAGCAGCGCGGGUUCCUACAUCCCCAGCUAUACGUCGUGGUACCCUUCAGCGCACCAAGAAGCUAUGCAGCAGCCGCAGCUCAUGUGAGGUUGCCAGCCUGCACCUACCCAUCUCCUACCCGUCUCCUUUGCUCCAGGCCCCUCCUGCCUCCAGGUCCAUCUACCCUGUCCGCGUGCCCUGGCCUGGGAGAGGAAGGGCUCAGAGGGAACA